AUGUGCCUUUCUAAUAGGACUAAUCUUAAAUCCCCAGGAUGUUCGAAUUGUAAAAAUGCCAAUUCGAAAAAUUGCUCUAGUUGUUCUUUAAUGGAAGUCGAAAAAAAAAAUGAAAAGAAAAGUUCCUUAUUUUCAUUCCAUACCAAAAAAAUUAUAUUAGUUUGUGGAAUAAUAUAUGUAUCCUUAUGGAAUGUUAACAUAUGCGGAGACCAAUACCAAAAGGCUGCUGAUUUUAAUUUUAGAGAAAGCAGAGUUUUAGCUGAAAGCAAAAAAGCUAGUACAAAAAAAGCAAAGACAACAUUAAGAAAUACUAAGCAGACAACUUUAACUAGCGCCGAUCCAGAAGGACAAGUAUUAAAAGCUUAUGCUGCUGAUCCAGAAUAUGUUAAAAACUUACAAUUCUAUGCUCAAUUAUUAAGUAACACUGACCCAAAUGAUGAAGUAGAAGGUAGCUACGAUCCAGAAGGUCAAGUACUUAAAGCCUAUGCUGCAGAUCCAGAAUAUCGUAAACACUUAAAUUGGCUUCAUCAAGUAUUAAGUAACACCGAUCCAAAUGAUGAAGUAGAAGGUAGCUACGAUCCCGAAGGACAAAUAUUAAAAGCUUAUGCUGCUGAUCCACAAUAUCGUAAGAACUUAAGAUUCUUUUAUAAUGUGUUAACUCACAACCCUGAAAAUAAUGCAGACGGUAACGCUGAUCCAGAAGCACAAUUAUUGAAAGCUUAUGCUGCUGAUCCAGUAUAUCGUAAACACUUAAUUUGGCUUCAUCAAGUAUUAAGUAACACUGACCCAAAUGAUGAAGUAGAAGGUAGCUACGAUCCCGAAGGUCAAGUAUUGAAAGCUUAUGCUGCUGAUCCACAAUAUCGUAAGAACUUAAGAUUCUUUUAUAAUGUAUUAACUCACAACCCUGAAAAUAAUGCAGACGGUAACGCUGAUCCAGAAGCACAAUUAUUGAAAGCUUAUGCUGCUGAUCCAGUAUAUCGUAAACACUUAAGUUGGCUUCAUCAAGUAUUAAGUAACACCGAUCCAAAUGAUGACGUUGAAGGUAGCUACGAUCCAGAAGGUCAAGUAUUGAAAGCUUAUGCUGCUGAUCCAGAAUAUCGUAAACACUUAAAUUGGCUUCAUCAAGUAUUAAGUAACACUGACCCAAAUGAUGAAAGUUCUUAA